AUGAAGGUGAUACUCUGUUUAUGGAAAUUUGGUUCAAAUGGGAGUUUUUCGGUUAAAAAUGCUUACUUGCUAUCCCAACAAUCUCGAUUCCAUUGUGAAAAACCUGUGUGGAAAGUUCUCUGGAAGCUCAAACUGCAUCCUAGGCAAUCGGUUUUCAGUUGGAGGAUUCUAAGUGCUUGGCUUCCUCUUAAAUCGAGACUGAGAUUUCAAGGACAUGACGAUAAGAAGUGUGCUCUGUGUGGUAAUGAGGCUGAAACUGAGAUACAUGUGUUUUGCCAAUGCCCAUUUGCGAGAAGCAUCUGGUUUCUCAGUCCGUGGGGUCUCCGAACUGAUACUCUUUCUGUGGAUAGCUUUGAAGAGUUUUUUCUGUGGCUUUGUAGUUCUGAUGACGACUGGCUUGUAGAAGUCAGUGCGUGUGUGCUUGAAGCCAUAUGGAGAUGUAGAAACGAAUUAGUUUUUCAGGGGAAGAAUCCUUCUACGGCAUUAAUUUUAAAGAAUAUUGCCUCACGAGCUGCUGAAUUCUCGCAAAUCCUUAGUUCUUUUGGGGAUGCAGCCCAGUUGGGUGGUGAAAAUCGGUUAUCUGAACCGGUGCAGGACUUUCAGGACAACCUCUUCGAUGCUUGUUUCUAUGUCGAUGCUUCAGUUGUGGAUAAUGCAGCAGGGAUUGGGGUGUCUCUCUGUACUGUUUCUAGUGUCCUCGAAGCCGAAUUGACUGCAAUCCUUACUGCUUUGGAGCAAGCGUGGGCAGACAAUUACCAGACUAUCUUGAUUAAGUCCGACUCUAAAGUUGCUGUUGAGGCCUUACGCUUGGGGGAACUUCCUCUUGCUUGGGGUUCGUUUCCGGUUUUUAAGGCUUGUUUGAAGUUUGUUUCUAUGUUUUCUGUUUCUUUUCAGUUUAUUAAGCGUGAUUUAAACUUUUUGGCGGAUUACCUAGCUUCUCAGGCUAGAGUGAACCAUGUUAGCCAAAUGAGUUACCUGUUAGGGAGUCAACCCCCUUUUGUGGUUGAUAUGUGA